CGAGCCUAUCUUUCGCCCUUCCCUCUCCAUCACAUUGUACACUGCUGCUGCUGCUGUUGCAAAUACUACCGUUCCUUUCCUACUACUACUAGUAUCCUGAUAGCAUCAUAUUUAUUGCCCUCGUAGCUCCAGCUGCUGCUGCAGGAAGAGGAGGAGCUACAGCUACCUGGUGCUGGGCGGAGGGAGAAAGGGAUCGAGGGCUUUGCAGGUUGCUGUUGCAGGCUCCAGCAGCUGCUACCGCCUCAGGGGGAGAGAGAGGGAGGGGCUCAUUACUCGUCGCUGCAGUUAUUGCUACCACUGUACACGGCUCGCGAGCUCUAAUGGAGAGGAUGCAGCUGCAAGGGCCCAUCGCCUCUUCGCUGUGGACGGACCCGCAGGCGGCGGCCAGCACCAGCGCGGCCGUGGCCGCCGCGGCGCAGAUGCCCUUCCUGGCGCUGCUCCAGGGCGCGGGCGUCAUGGUCGAUGAAGGGCAUCAGGACGGACGCAAGAGGAACACUGCUGCCUUCGCGUGCGCCGCCGCCGCCGACCUCGACCUGCUCGAGAGCUGCGUCACGCAGGCAGCCGCGGCCACUGCGGCAGCCCCUGUGGCGUCGUCUGCGCCGUCGACCAGGGCGGAGAGGCGGAGAAAGCGGCCGAGGCCGAGGACGCGCGCCGCACCGCCGCCGGAGAAGCGCCGGAAGCCGGAGGAGGCCGAGACCCAGCGGAUGACGCACAUCGCCGUCGAGCGCAACCGCCGCCGCCUGAUGAACGACCACCUCGCCUCGCUCCGCUCGCUCAUCCCCUCCAGCUACAUCCCCCGCGGAGACCAGGCGACGGUGGUGGGCGGUGCGAUCGACUACGUGAAGCAGCUGGAGCAGCAGCUGGUGGCGCUGCAGGCGGCCGCGGCCGCGCGCCGCGGGGCCGCUGGCGCGGUGGGCACGGCGGCGACGGCCUCGUCGGACGGCGUGUUCGUCUCCCCGCAGUACGCGAGCUACUCGGAGGCGCGCGGCUGCUGCGGCGCCGGCGUGGACGUCGAGGCCAUGGCCGCGGUGGGCGGGCACGUGCGCGUUCGCGUCGCGGGGCGGCGCUGGCCCGGGCGCCUCGUGCGCGCCGUCGCCGCGCUGGAGGACCUCCGGCUCGCGGUCCUGCACCUCGCCGUCACCUCCGUCGGGCAUGACGCCGUCGUGUACUGCUUCAACCUUAAGAUGGAGGAAGGGUGUGAGGUGGCGACGGCCGACGAGGUGGCGGCGGUGGUGCACCAGAUCUUCGCCUACGCCGGUGGCACAUGCUGCUGACGACGACGCCGGCGGCAGCAGCACGUAGCGGAGACGAUUAGACAAGAUCGUCAGAGGCGGUGUACACUGUACACGACGGGCGCGGGCACAGAGGAGGAGACGACGCGGGCGCUGGCGUAGAGAGCUCGGGGACCGAGCAUGGCGUGGCGUGGCAGGUGCGGCCAUGGCAACGGCUGCACCGCAUGCAGUGGCUCAUGCCAUGCGGCUCCAAAGACUGUUGUUUACUUGGCUGCCACGACCAGCACAGCAGGACACUGCAGUAGGGUGAAGGGAGAGGAGUACAACAGUGUUGGCGUGGCAGGGCUAGCUGGCUACCAGGACACCAGUAGGAGUUUUUUUUCCCCUUGUCUUUGGAGAGCUUGCAUUGCAGAUUUUCCUUGUCUUAGUGAUGGAGUUCCUGUGUGUGUACGCUGUAUAAAAUCACGCACGAUGUUUUUACUAGUGAUUUACCCAGCUGCACGCUGGGUUCCGUCUACCGUAGAA